AUGCCUUUAAGCAAAUGUUCUGGUUGUACGCACGAUUUAAAAGAGGAUGACGCAAUGCAUUGCUCGCGAUGUUUUGAUAAGUAUCAUUACGGUUGCCUCAAUAUAUCGACUACUAAAUUUGAUACUUUCUCUAGCGAAUUCAAGGCAAUGUGGAUAUGUCCGUCGUGCCGUUGUAAGGAACCUAAGAGAGACAACACUAACACACCGAUCCGUUCUACUUCCACUCUCAGUAGUGCUCAGUGUUGGAAUAGUUCUGACACUGAUUUCUCAAACACUGGGCCUUUAGCCACCAACCUUGAAAAAUAUGGAACCUCACAAGAACGUUGCCAAGAGUGGCUAGCCCCGGAGCGCUCCGUCUGCCGGGAAUUUCAAUGCUAUUGCCGAGGCUAUCGGUCUGUUGCCAGAAACAUAGACCGAACACUGUGCAUGCCAUUAGCCAUCAGCCGGACGUCCCUAAGGUAA